UCUUAAUUAAGGACAAAAAAGCCGCGUCCUUGUUUCUCUCUCUCUGGGUUCAUCAUCGUCUCCUUCACCAAACCUCUCCACCCCAAUUCUCUCUUGCUUUCACAUUGAAUUUGCUUCUCUAGAACUGGGUUUCACGUUGAUAGCUAAUUCUCCAAUUCGAUUCCGAAACAAGACAUCCAUGGCUGAAAUCGCGAAGGAAGUUAACGGCAGCGGCAACGCUAGGGAUCUCCACUCGCUUCUCUCUUCGGCAAGGGAUUCCUCAUUCGUAACAACGGCGAACAGUGACCCUGUUUCGCGAAGAUGAUGUGCACAAGAUGGAGACUGAUGGGUCCGUUGUUUGUAUCUCUGAGAAGAGGAGACUCUUGUCUGAGAUCCAAAGAGCAGCAUCAGAAGGUGGAGAGAGUGAGAGUCAAGGACAACGCUUUCGUUGGGAGGUCUGUGAAGAUCGAUGUGGUUGAUGACACUGCGUUGCUCAACGUUGUUCCUUUCUGCAAGAAAGGCAAAGAUCAUCAUCCCAAGAGGUCGGGAGCUGCACACAGUGAUGAUAAGGAAGCACUAAAUAAGCCGGAGGGAGGCAUCAAAGUCGAGUGGCAUCGGUAUUCUCGGUUCUGUAUCGGCUGUACCAAGAUGAAACCGUGUGAAUGUCUUUGUACAUUGAGCCGUGACCUGGGGAAACCUGUCAAAGUCCCCUUUGUUCACAAAACUUUUACUCUCUUUUCUUAGACACAUCAUAAAACCGUGUGAAUAAUAUCUAAGCAGGUCAUUCUUCCUGUAUAUAGAUUCUUUGGUUCAGAUUGUAAUAAGUUCAUUGUACAAUGUUCAUACAUAUUCUAUGAUGUUUGUAAAUUUUUUUACUAAGAGACCUCUAUAAGUCCUACCAAUAAUCAAAACUUUUGUAAUUGUCCUUAA